AAAAACAGCACAAAUGUGUGCAGCUUUGAAAAUGUUGGCUACUCAAAAUAUGCUAAUAUUGGUGUGUGUCGGGGUCUCACUGGCACAUGAUUUAAUUACACCAGAACAGUUAAAAAACAUUGAGGCAAGACUAACAGCCACAGAGGAAACACUGAAAGAACUGAAGAGAGAGAAUGAAGCUUUAAGGAUCUUGACAAAGGUCUCGAGUGAUAAACUUGAAUCAGUGGAAGCAGAAAGUAAAGCCAAAAAGGUUGCCUUUUCAGCUGGACUUUUGCAAUCCGGAUCACAAGAAUUUGGACCCUUUGAGACUCGAAAGACUCUGAUUUACAAAAAAAUCUUUGCUAAUGCUGGAAAUGCUUAUGACUCCAGCACUGGUAUUUUCACAGCACCAGUGAAUGGGGUCUAUUUCUUCAGAUUUUAUGCUCAUGCUCAUCCUACUAAACAAAUGGCUGUCAGCCUCCAUAAAAAUAAUCAGAUACAAUGUUCAGUGUUUUCUCGGCAUCCUGCGAGCAAUGCUAAUGGCAGCAAUGGUGUCGUUCUCUCACUGGACAAGGGCGAUCAAGUGUUCACACAGCUGUGGGAGAAUAACUGGGUGUAUGAUGAUGAUCUCAGCUACACCAGUUUCAGCGGCUUUCUGCUUUUCCAGUUGUAAUUGUACACAGAAUCCAAGAUUUAAUUAGACAAAACAAUAUUUAUAUUACUAUUCUCAUUAUAAUGAUAUUUUAAUAUUUUUAAUGAUAUAUUUACCUCAAUGGACACCCAACAUUUGCUAUCUGUGGACGUUUGUUCACCAAGUUUGUUUUUUCAGAUGUGAUUAUUUUUCCAAUGCAUAAAAUUAUAUCCUUUUGUAAUAAAACUUUUUAAACAAAUACAAAAUUGUACAAGUACUGGCUAGCCAAUGCGUCGUCCUUAAUCUUUAUUGCCGUUCAUAAAUAUGGAAUACGAAUAAAUAUGUGACCUGAUUUUUUUGAUGAUA